AUGUCCGCUGUCACGCAAGGAAUCCCGCGUGGCGUUCGAAAACCACGGAAGUCCCGCGGCCGUGGUCUGCGAGCCACUACUGGAUGUCUAGUCUGCAAGCGCCGUCAUGUGAAAUGCGAUGAGGUUCGACCUCAAUGUGGUCCAUGCGCCAAAGGGCAACGUGGCUGCGUUUAUGGGAACAAUGGUGAUGGCAGUGAUGCUGCUAUUUUACAAAUUGGCCGCACAUCUACGACUCCAAAUCCUCCAAUUGACUCUCCUACUCCAGUCUCUCCCCAGGUUCACGAGCCUCUUCGGGCGCUUGUUGACGCGUGCCACCAUGAGAACCAGGUGCAGCACCAAAAUGCCCACUACCAAGAAUCUCUUUCAAGGUCUGCCAGCUAUCGAAAUAACCAGACGCUGUCUCCUUAUAUAGCUCCUCUUAACCACGGUCCCGUCGCCUCCCCAAUCUCUCCACACGAAUACGUGCUAUCCUCCGGCACUGAUUCCUCCGUGUCAACGAGAGUUGCUCCGCUGAGUUGGUUCGAACUUCUAGCCAACGACGCAGCAAAUACAAACAGAGACUUUUUUCUCCCGUCCCAUAAAAGGGCUCCAUCCGCGAGAACAGGAGAAGGCUCUGGCGAUUCGCUACAAAGUCCAGUCUUCCAGCCCCGAAAUCGAAGAGAGAGAGAAAGCUUUCAAGCAGCAUCAUUCCAAAAUGAUCCUGAUAUUGAGGAUAGAUUGGUCUCAGGGCCUGCGGAAGGGUCAUCGAAUACAUUGCCAGACGACCCAUCAUCAUGGAAUACAAACGCUCCCAUUCAACUGUCACACCAGGAGUACCGGAUGUUUAACCACUUCGUGCGUAAAAUGAGUUCAUGGCCAGACUCGUUUGACACCUUCAAACAUUUUGCAACUGUUGUCCCUCAUCUAGCCCUCAGGAAUGUUGGUCUCAUGAAAGCACUACUUGCAUUGUCUGCAAGGCACCUAUCGAUUUGCAAUGAGACAAAUGGCUAUCAUUUCAGCUUCGACAAUGCUGGUCGGGGCAUGCAACUGAAUUCAACAGACACAAGGCCCGCCUCCUCUUCUGAAAUCGAUCGCAACAUGGCCGUAGAAUAUUACUUUGAAACUCUUCACUAUCUGAACAAGGCCAUGCGGUAUCAGUCAUAUGCACGCAGCCAUGAACUAAUAGCGACUGCUCUCUUAAUCAGCACGUAUGAAAUGAUCGACGGUUCCAAUCGAGAUUGGGAGAGGCAUCUUAAAGGAGUUUUCUGGAUUCAACGAUAUCAGAAUAAUGACGGUGAGUCUGGAGGGAUUCGUCAAGCAGUCUGGUGGGCCUGGCUCAGACAAGAUGUAUGGGUGGCCAUGCGCGAGCGGCGUCGGGUUUUCACCUUUUGGAGGCCCAAAAAAACAAUCUCUAUGUUAACAACCGCGGAAAUGGCAAAUCGCGUCUUCUGGGUGUUGGCGCAAUGUAUCAACUAUGCAUCGCGAGAAGAGUCCCAAUCGUCAGACAUACAGAGCCGCCUGGAACGAGGAAACGAGCUACUCCACAUGCUGCAAGAAUGGUAUGAUCAUCUCCCGCGGGAAUUUAAUCCUCUUCCAAUUGCGGAAAUGUCGGGAAUUUUCCCUGCGAUAUGGGUCCAUCCUGCUCCCCAUGCCGCUGCCCUUCAAGUGCACAGUCUGGCCCGGAUUCUUGUGAUUUUGCAUCGCCCCUCCAUUGGUGGACUCCAGGACUACCGGGCCGGGCAAAAGCUUCUGACAACAUCUGUAAACACUAUUUGCGGGAUUGCUCGGGCGAUUGAUGAGGAUGAGGAGGCUGCUAGUCUGGUUUCUCUACAGUGUCUCUUUGGAGCUGGAAUGAGUGUUCAUACACCUCACGAACGAAUUGCACUGCUUGACCUCAUUGACACAUUCCAACGGCGGGUCCGUUGGCCGGCCGGCUCUUUGAGGAAAGAUUUGGAAUUCGAAUACCAAAAAGAUGAGCUAUCCGCCUUCGCCGGAUGA